AUGCCCAAGCCAAGAGGAAGAAGAGUCCAAUCAGCAUUCAAGGAAAGAGUGGAAAAUUCAGAGGCAACUCAUGAAAAUUCCAUUGCUGAAACUGGUUCGGAUGUUGAGAUUUCAUUACACGAAGAUCAACCUCAAACUUCUGACAACAAGAACCAGGGAGAGUUUUCCAGCGUUUUUUACGGUUUGGUUGACUCUGCCGAAAUCGACUACUUCAAACAAGCUGAAUCUACACUCAACGCUAAUGUUUUUGAGAGCGACGAAGACAGAGCUGGUUUCAUUAGAUCCGUGUUGGAAGAGUCUAGAGGGAAAGAACUUAAGUUGGUUACCAACCAAAUUUGUUCCAAGUUGAUGGAACGUUUGGUUUUGCUUGCCUCAGACCGUCAACUCAAGCAUAUUUUCCACCAAUUCUUGGGCCAUUUUCCAGCGUUGGCUCACCAUAAGUACUCUUCCCAUGUUCUUGAAACAUUGUUGGUGAGAUCGGCAGCCUUGAUUGAGAAAGAAAUUGUUAACGAAUACCAACAAGACGAAGAAGACCAGGAUGAGAAUGCCGAUAAUGAUGAAGACAAUUUCGUUGCAUCUACUACUAUGGAAUCCAUGUUCCUUCAAAUGUUGGACCAGCUUGAACCUUACUGGUCUUCGAUGAUUCAACACCAAUAUGCCUCUCAUGUGAUGCGUAUCAUCAUUCUUAUUGUUUCAGGCAAAGAACUUCCUUCUUCGACCAUGGCGAACUCCGUGUUGCGUUCGAAGAAAUCCAAGGUUGCGAGAAAGAUGAUCGAAAUCAAAGACAAUGAAGAUUUCAACAGGGCAUACCAAGUGCCAUCUUCUUUCAAGGAUCGUUUGAGAACUAUCAUUAGCGCUGUCUCUUCGCCGCUUGAUACGAAAUCUGCGCGAAGCUUGGCUAUCCAUAAAGUGGCUUCGCCUGUUCUUCAACUUAUUAUCCGCGUUGAAGGAAUUGUCGACAAGGAGCGUUCUGUAUGGCAUUUGAUUUUCUUGCUGGAGAAGGCUCCAAAGGAUUCGCUGGAGGAGGCGUUUGUGGAAUAUCUCUUGUCUGACUCCGUUGGAUCGCAUUUCCUUGAGGCUAUUAUCAAAAACGAUGGUGCCAGAAUGAAAUACAUUGAAAGAUUGUACAGACUAUACAUGAAGGACCGUGUGUUGAAAUUGGCUAGAAGAGCAACUACUGGUGUUUACAUCAUUCAGGCAUUGUUGUUGAAAUUAAAGCCUGGUGAAGUGGAACAUAUUUUGGAUGAGAUUAUUCCGGAAUUAUCAUCUUUGAUUUCGAUUUCUGAGUCACAAAACAUUGACUUAGGAAAGGCUAUCAUUGAUGCUUCCAUAUCCAGAUUCAACUAUAGAAGGGACGAACUCAUUGAGCAACUUUUCCAAAAGUUUGCGCCAAACUAUAAUGUGAGUGAUCCAAGCGAAGACACAACGACAGAAUUGUUUGAGAAUGUUCUUCAACUAGCCAGUUCUACAUUAGGAAACACUAGGGAUGAUUGGCCUACGGCAGAAGAGAGAAGAAGAUCGCUUUUCUUGGAAAAAUUAAUGCAAUACGACUAUUCUUUUGUUGUCUGUGUGUGGCUAAAUUGCAUGGCUUUGCCCCAGGAAAGAUUGAUGCAAAUGUGCUUUCACGGAGUGUUUUCACAUGUCAUUGAGCAUGCAUUGGUGGUAAAACCGGCGCUGGAGGGAGAACCAAAGGAAGUUCUAAUCUUGCGAAAGAAAUUCUUGAACUUGUUUCAGGGUAAAAUCUUCGAGUUAGCUUGUAACUCCUACGGCUCGCAUAUUGUUGACAAGCUUUGGGAUUUUACUGUCCUUUUGCCGAUGUAUAAAGAUAGAAUUGCCUCUGAGAUGAUGGCCCAGGCCAAUAGAGUCAAGGAUUCCACAUAUGGUAGAUUAGUGUGGAAAAAUUGGUCGAUGGAGUUAUUCGUCAGAAAGAAGUAUGACUGGAAAGUCUUGGUCAAGGAGCAAGAGGAAAACUACUACGCUGAAGAAGGGACCCAGGGAGAUGCUAUGAAAAAGAAGAAACCCAUCGAAUUGAAAAUGGAAGAAAUAUUUAAGAAGAAGCAGUAUCAAGAGGAAAGGGCCAAAAGAGAAGGCGAAGAUUUGGCUGGAUCCAACCAAAAAAGAAUGAAGGGAAGAGGCCGCAAUCGCUAA